AUGUCUACAGGAUUCGACUCAGCCGCGCUACGGUGCGCCGAGGGUCUUGCCUCAAAGAGCCUGCAGCUUGUCAACCAGCUUCGAAGUGCGCUGUACCAGAAGCCUGAUCCUGUCGUCGCUGCGUGGUGGGAUGGCAUAGAAUGGAUGAAAUUUAUUUCGUCUUUCUUUGGCCGAGAGGAGAUAUCUAUUCACCUGCAAUAUUUCCCCCCUCGUCAGGCGUCUUCGCUCUUCACGUACUACCAGGGCAUACAUGUGGAGCCUCGCUUGUUGCCUGCCACCUUUGUGCGCCUGGCCGCCCUCCCUCUUGCGGACUUCUACUUCCCAACGAAGCCCGUCGUGCGACGCGUUGUUUACGGCAUUUCUGCUGUCUUUCUGCUAAUUGAGCUAUUUCCCUCUAUCGCUUUCCCCAUCAUUCACGACAGUGUAUUCUGGAUUAUCAAGGCGUGGCGUUUCGCCCUAGAGACGUCACGGAGCUCUGCGUAA